CGGAGAAUCUUUGAAUUCAAUUCAAAACAAUCAAACGAGCAGUACGGACGCACCGCAAAGCGGUCGCAGCCGAAAGUGAUAAUAUUGAGAGCAGUUAAAAACCGAACAAUUCUAUAAACAUUUGAUCGCCUACAAACAAACUCAUGUGCCUCAUGAGUGUAUCGUGUGCUAACGCGUUGUGCAAAUUGUGAACAAAGUUUCGUUACAUUGUUUUGCGAUCCUUGCUGGAAAGGUUGGUAAAGUGGAAAAGUGGUGUGUGUGUGUAUUUUUUUCAAGAUUGUUCAUUGACCGAAGUACCAAAAGAGACACACAAAAUUGAACAUUCAUUCAUUCGAGUGGUGGAAUCGAAACUCUAAAAAGUCCUUUACUUUGCACCAAGUGCGAAACAGAAACAAAAAAAAAAAGAGAAAGGAAAAGAACGGAACGUUCCGGUGGAAAGUUUUCUUCCCCGUGCGUGUGUGUUGGACAGCUGAUGAACAUCAGCAAGCUGGAACAGAUACAUUGUUUAUUGCACAGUUUUCGAUACCUAUUAUGUAAGAGACAAAGAAAGCAAGGCCAAAACAGUAGUUCUUGGUAGAAAUUCGGUAAAAGAGCUACUUGCAAUAUCACAUUUUUUUUAUGGAACUGUCGAUCGGCACAGAAUCGAAACAUUGAUGUAAACAGGUUAGCUGGACAAGCGGCAGAGGAAAGAGGAACACGCAACAGGGUGUGAUGUGUGUUGAUAGGGGAAGGAGAUAAAUUAAGCGAACUUGUGCGAGCAGGAAAGAGAGAGAAAGAGAGAACCCAUCCAAAACCCCCUUUUGUCUAACUCUCCAACACACUUUGCGUGUGCGUGUGCGCGCGUGUGUGUGUCAGUAGGUAGCGAAGAGAAGAAGAAGACCAAAAAAAACAAAGAACCCAUCGCAGCAAGCACUUGCUGCCGCCAUAUUGGUUGUUGUGGGGGGUUGAAUUUUGUGUGCGAGGGCGCAAAAUCAAAACAAAGGAAAAUCAUCUGAUCGGAGCGGUGCGGACGCAGCACAGCAAAACGCUCUCGCGCGUGCACACACACUCACACUAAUGCAGCGUUUGUACGCGUCAUCGUAGCUUUUUCGCUAGUGUUUAGUAUACACACUGUUUUAGGCAGUUUCACAGUGCGAAAAAGACCGAAAAUAAUCUUUUAUUGUCCCGGCAGCUUUUUGUUUUGGUUGUUGUUGUUUUGGUCAGGAAGUGUGGGAUAAGUGUGGAGGGUCGAUAAAACGCCCCACCAUCACCACCACCCACUCCCAAUUGUGGAGAGUAAAAUGAUAUAAUGCAGCAUCGAUCGGCCGCUUUUCGCAUCAUCGUCGUCAGAGUUACGUUUUUAAAUGCUGUGUCUGCUUUUAGAGGAAGCGAACUAAUAUAAGCAGAAAGCGUCACAGGCACAAGCAGAAGCUAGAGCGUGACAGUUGUACGCAAGCAACGAACGCAGCCUACGGGCAACAUCCAACAAACCGAGCGUUGUUGGGUUUGGUUUGCACAGGAGCUGGAUGAUGAGUAGCUUCGGCGGCUUGCAGAGUGGAGGCGGCCUUAACUACACCGGCAUUGACUGUGUUGACGCAGGAAGCCUUUCGAUCGUAAAGCAGGAACCGACGGUACACACGCUUGCUUCCGCAGACGGCGGAACGAACGUCGGCGGCAACAGCCACCACCACUUCCAACAGACAACUUUCAUGAUGGAUGCACUGAGCAGUAACCCGAUGUUGACAACGGCCUCGAUGCCGAUACCGUCCCGUAACACCAGCCACCAGCGCAUGAUGCAGUCGGAUCUCGAUUUUGCCAACGAGAUGGAACAGUUCCGCAGCUCCGGUCAGCUGCUGCACGAUGUUGGAGCGAUGACCGCGGGCGGCAAUAAUGCCGGCAGCUUCCAGCCGGGCAGUCUUCCGACACAGCUGGACGGUAUGUUUGGCAUCCCGAACGGGUGGGACAACAUGAUCCUUACCGCGGAAGGUAUCGAUAUUGGACCGAUGAAUGUGGCCGGUCUGCAGAUGAUGGAUACGUGGAACAAUUUAAUUUCGCCAUCCUCCACGGUGUCGUCGGUAACGCCGCUCGAUGACGGCGGUAUUCAGCAGGUGAUGGUCGGCGAGACGACUUCGAUUGUGAUGGGAGGUGGCGGUAUUGGGCUUGGAAAUGGGCAGCAGCUGAUGGAAGAGUUCGAGGUCUAUCCGCUGGAAGAUUUCAACGAUGGACUGUUGUGCAAUGAUUUGAACACGAUCGACGGUCUGUUUCACGAUGAUAUAACGCUGCUCAGCCAGCCGCUUAGCCAACAGUCGCCGAAUCUAAGCGGUGACAGUGCCAUCAUCCUGUCACCCAGUCUGCCGCAGCAGAUACUGGGUCGUUCGUCGAACCAGAGCCUUUCGUCCGGUGGGUUAGCGAUCUUGGCGGGUGAGAAUACGGUUGGCAGCGUCGGCAGUAACAGCGUAUCGUCGGGCUUUGGUCCCGUUACCGGUGGAAUGCAACUGCUCACGAAUGACCCAAUGGUGGCGGCAGGCUAUACCAACACGAACAGCAACAACAGCUUGCUGUACGACGAGCAGACGCGCAUCUCGUCGUCACCGUUCGAGCUGUACACGAAGCAGGAACCGGGCAGUGCAGUACAGUCACCGUUGGCAUUUUCACCCAGCAGUCACGGUUCCAGCCCGUCCAUUUCCGAGGGUGGCCAUCUGAUGGUACCGCAACCAUCGUCCGGAGGUGCCAGUGCGAAGAAUUUACUCCAGCAACAGUUGCAAAGCACGUUCAAUAACAACAACAACAACACGCUGUACAGUAGCGGACCCAGCACGAUCAGUGCUGGAAAGUUGAUAAAGAGUGGUGGUGCCACGUCUCCCGGUAACAACAACAACGAAUCAGCCAAGAAUCAGAACAUUGGUGCCAGCAACUCAGGACUCGAUGGAUCGAUCGCGCAGCAACAGCAACAGCAAAUGCCGUUGCGUGUUUCUCGCCGAGGUUUUAACUUUAGCAGGAACAGCGGUAAUGUCGGCCAGGUGCAGCAUAAUCCCAAGUAUUCCACCCUGCAGCAGCUGCUGAUGAGCAACACAUCGGAUCGGUUGGGCAGCGGUGGUAAUCUGGUGCUCGGCCAGUCCGUUCCAGCUGGCAGCAGUUCGUCCGGAUUGCUUACGGCUGCUGCACUCAGCCCUGGUGGAGGAAGCUACUCAGGCCGUCGGCUGCUGCAGGCCCAGCUACAGGCGGGAACGACCGCGGCCGUAUCGGUCGGCUCGAAUGCCGGUACGUCCGGCACAUCCAUGUCGCGGCUUUCCUCGUCCGCGCCGACACACAUUUCCGGAUUCGAACAGAUUUGGCAGCGUCGCGAACCACGACCCCAUCUACUGUCGACGGGUAGUUUGGCCGAGGCUGGAUCAACCUCUUCACUCAGCACCGGCAGUAUCCUUAGCCCCGAGGCACCCGAUUUCUCGCACGAUGAAGGAUACUCCGACGACAGUGAUCAUUAUGAGGAUUAUUCUAGCGGUGAAGAUUCCGACAGUGAGGAUACGGGCAAGGUUUCGUCGAGUGCCAGCAAGGCGAAGCGCUACUUCUGGCAGUACAAUGUGCAGGCGAAGGGCCCGAAAGGGCAACGGUUGGUCAUCAAGACGCAGGUGGAGGAUCCGCACGUGCUGAACGCGGUCACCGAUCCAGUCUUCAGUCCGCACUGCUCCGUUCGUGGCAUCAAGAAUCUUCGUUUACAGCACAGCGGCAAGGCACGGAAGGGUGACGGUAACGAUUUGACGCCGAACCCCCGCAAGCUGCACAACAUUGGCAAGGAGCUGGAUAAGCUCGGACGCGUCAUCAACGAUAUGAAGCCGGUCAGCGAGCUACCGUUCAAUGCACGGCCAAAGACGCGAAAGGAAAAGAACAAGCUUGCAUCGCGGGCAUGCCGGUUGAAGAAGAAGGCCCAGCACGAAGCGAACAAGAUCAAGUUGUACGGGCUGGAGACGGAACACAAGCGUCUCAUGAACGGAAUAUUCCACUUGAAACAGAUCCUAGUGUCCAAGUGUAGCAAUGCUGUAACGACGGGCGAGAAUUCAGAAGAGUACAAACAGCAACUGGACACACUGGUGCAGACGUCAUCCAAGAUAAAAAUUGCUGGUAAUUCGACUGAGUUCGUCAACAAAAUGUUGGAGAAUGUGCGGACGGGCAACAACACUAGCAUAGACACGGUGUUGGAACAUUUCUAGACCGAUCGCAAUGGAGUGGAUUAUGUCCUUCACAACUAGUGGAGAUGUAUCAGAACCGGUGGGAAUGCGAUAUGUCGUACGGCGAAGUUCGGUGGUACACUGUACCGAUGAUGAAUCAAUGAGACUGUAAGAAAAAAAGAAAGCAACCAAUUACCUUCGUUUUGUUUAAAACUACAUACUUUAACAAGAAAAAAAAGCACGGGCUCUUAAGCCUUGAAUAAUAAUGCGUCAAACUGCAAAACGGUGCACAUAGUGCGCCGAGGAACAAGUGAUAUUUGUCACAGUACACUACUGCGCUAACCACAAACACAGUACGGAGAUUGUAAUGCAGUGAACGAGAAAUUAGUACCACCUAAGGGACGAAGUUUGCACCAGAAUUACUUUCUUUGCAAAGUGAGAAUAUGGAAAGUAUGACACAGUGGGAAGCAAAUAACACACAGCAUAUGAUUUGGUCAUUAUAUGAUAUUUCAAAGCAAACAUAGCGAGUAAACAUAUGUUUCAUUACAUAUUACAUUACAUACGUACAUAUUACUGUAAAGUGUCGCUAAGGAUUAUGCAAUGUGUUUUUCUUUUUACGUUUGAAAACAUUUCGUUAAAUUGUUUAAUGCACUUGAUUAUUAUAAAAAACAGAACAGAAGAGCGAUGGAAAAACAACAGAACGAUGAAUUCUGUUUUGUUAUCAAUUUUUUUUACCUAUCACCACGAUAUGAGCACCAAAACUUCACUUUUUAAUCACAAACUCUGAUCGAAUCAGCUAAUCACAGACAGAACAAAGAAACAAAAAUAAACCCCGCGUGUAAAAACGAUUGGUAACCGGUAUAACCAACUAUCAUUAACAAAACCAAUACGGACUGAAACAAAUGGCGCGUCAAACGCGACCAUGCGCUAAUCAUACUUUUGUGCCACAACAUCCAUCCAGCGACCAAACGUAAACGGCAUGUAAUAGAAAACCGAAAACCCAACCAAGUAAAGCAUAUGGAAUGAAGCUCAGGAACAAAAUACGUAUGAAACGACGAACGGGAGGGACGGUUUUGGGAAGAAAACGAAGAUUUUGUUAUGAAUUGAGUUGUUUUGUAUACCAAGCAUUCUCCAAAUGUAGGAUACAAUUUUGUGUAAGAAACAAGCUUUUUAACUGCGUCAAAUGAGAAGGGAAUCAUUUCAAAGAAAAGCGAUAUUUUUUAACACCUUCCCGCGUUACAAACAAAAACAAAACAAUACACUGUAAUACAUUGACUCCUGAAUAAUGAAAUACCUUUAAAGCAUGAAUCGAUAACCAUUGAUUAUGAUAACGUAUGUACCUAAUUACCCUGGCGUAAAACACACACAAAACAUAAUAUAUGUAUACAUAUAAACUUUUUUACAUUUUCUCAAUGAUUGUGUACGAUGAAUCCUUGUAGGAUCGGUUAAGUGAGAGAAAAACGAAAGAUGAAUAGAGAUAGUGAUAGGAACCGUAACCGUUCAAAUGGAACGAAAUUCUUUGUGUGCAUGUGUGUGUGUGUCGCGUAAGAAUUGGAGAGGAAGAAACAAACCCUUAGUUCUGUAAGUGCUUAGUGCUAACUAAUUAUUUUUCUACCCUCUUUGAUCAUAUUCGAUAGUACUACCUACUCAGCAAUGUUCAUCUCUUGUGAGUUCGUGUGUUGAUUCAAGUGCAUUGCGAUGUUCGAUAUCGCGUCGUUACCUUUUCCAUCUUUAUCCUUGUCAUAAUGGUAGUUGUUUAAGCAAAUCUUUCGAAAAAAAAAUCUUUUUUAACAUUGUUUGGGUUGUGAGAAGGAAGGGAAAAGCAAGUGUUGUUAAGAGCAUAACUUCAUUAAGGAAUGUGACAAUUGAUCCAAGUUUGAAUGAAUGAGAAAUACAAUGAGUGAUGAUUUCCAGUUUUCCAAAUACUCCGGUUCCCUUUGCUUUCCCCGUUUUGCAGUGGAACAACAAAGCGAGGCCUCAGAAAUAGAAAGGAAAGAGAGUGAGCGAAAGAGCUUAGAGUUGCGUACCUUAGGCAGCAUCAGUACUGUUGAUUGUUCUGGUUAACUUAGGUACUAGCGCCCGGGAAGAAUUCAUACCCGGCGAUAUGAAGUGAAAAUCCUGGGUGCUAGGGAUAUCGAAAGGAGAUACUGAACACGCCUUGGCACUGAGGAAUACUGAAGAAAAAAUGCUUUUGAUUUAAAAUAUUUUCUGCAGCCGGUUUUGUUUUAUUUUUAUAACAUCAAACAAUUGAGUUUAGUUUUUAUACCUUUCCGGUUUGGAGUUAAUAGCGGUGUGACAGAAUAUUUGUGACACCACUAACACACGUUAUUGGUUGCGUUCAAUUACCAACAAUUAAAUCGCUCUUCCGAUUGAUUGUAGUUGUCGAAAAUGAAUUGUGAUAGUAAUUUCUCUUUCCUACCAAUUGUCUUGUGUCUACACCAAACUUUAGCAAGCUGCCAUACUGCAUUUAUUUGAAUUCCAGCAAAAGGCCGAAGCGUGUUUAUUUGGUGAUGUUGUGUUUGUAUUGAUUUUUUGUUUCGGUUGUUCGGAGGACGGAGCAAGGACGGAGUGCACUUGAGAUGCGGAAUAGCGCUACUAAGAGAUCAGAUGUGGGUGUCGGUGGUUAGCCCUCUCGCCAGGCAGCAAAGAUAUGCAGCGCGAACUACACAAAACUGCAAAACAAUCUGUGAUUUUCUUUAAUAUUAUAGCGUGAGUGUUAGUGUCAUCCUCUAUUUCGAUACGGUGUUUGGUUUGUUUUUCAGCCCCCUUUUAGAUUUGUUACGUAUGUUUAUUAUGAUUUGUUUAAAUUUUUGUUACUUUUUGACCAGUACUAUUUUCAUUCCCAGUCAGGUGUAUCGCUUUUUGAUUAAAUAGAAUGCAAAUAUAUUGCAGUUUUUCUUUUAGAGUUAAAAAAACAACAUUGAAUAAGGAUGACGAACAGUACAUUCACUAGUUUGUACACUCAGGGUUGGUUUCAGUGUUUCAGAUUUCUAGAACUGUUUUUCUUUAUACAAAAGAAGGGUACCACAUGCCGUAAAGAUAAUUUGAUUUGAUUUAUACAGUUACUUACAGCCUCUAUAUCGGUCCUUCAGAAUCAAUUGAUGUAUUUUAUAUUUUACAGAACAGUGGAAAGAUUUACAUCAUCGUAGGGAUUAGAGUUUAGUUCAUUACAUUUAAAAUUUCAACGAACGAAGAUCAUUAAGCAUGUGUUAAAAUGUAUGGGAAUAUAUACUUUUGACAGAAUGAGAUAAUUAAUAUCAACUGCAUGAAGAUUAUAAAAUUAUGUUUAAGCAAUUUGAACCAGUUUGUUACGCUGAUACAUGAGUAUGAUACAAAAUUGAAAAGAGCAACAAAAAAAAAAUUACACAUUUCUAAUUACUCUAUAUUACAUUUUUCGAUUCUUAAAGUUUUCCCUUUUCUUAAGCUUGUAAAUCUAUUGCUAUCAUACAAUUUGAGUUGUUUAUUACUUAAACGUUCUUAUGCUUAAAUUAUAACGAUUAGCUGUUGGGCAAAAUUUUAAAAUGAGAGAAGAUAAUUGAUGAAGUGCAAAAAUGAAAUGUUCCUAUCCCUUUAUCUAAUAAUCUAAGCAAAAGGUACCGUACGUACAUCGAUUGUAACUAUUUUAAUCACUAAUGAUACAACACUCAUAUGGAAAAUUAGUUUUCCCCUACACCUAAUACGAUUCAAAAACUUUACACAGUCUCUGUAACCUAACCCGUAACCAAUUACUGGGUGACGAUUUAUUUCUGCGAAAAAAAAGAUUUGAACCGAGAUACAAACGUAUUGUUUAACUGUACACUAUCAGCUAUGGGACCGGCAGUAAAACAUGUAUCCAGCAUAAUUAAACGAUAUAUUAAAGCGUAUCUAUGAACUUAUGUACAGUUACACAACCAACUGAACGAAACAAUUGAAGCCCAUUUACACCACAAUAGGAAUCUGUAUGUGGAUUGAAACGAAUUGUACAAACUAUCUUCACAACUGUGUGUCAACUGAAUAGGGACAAAACAUAUUACAAAAAAACCCACACCCACAGAGGCAGUAGAUGGAGUAAAGAGCGAGUUUUAAAGGUACCUGGUUGCAGUUUGUUGCAAAAAGUAGCGUGAAGAUCGCAUAUCCUUACGAUCGAACUAUGUAGAUGUAACAAUAGGACGUUUUUUCAUUACAUUUCAACAACUUUACAUGCUUGCAACACAUACGGACACAUCGACCGGGUGGACAACUCUGGUUGAUUCUACUACCUCAGCACAAUGGAGUAAUGUAUGUGAAAACAUGUACAUCAAUAAACAAACAAACAAACAAAUAAGAUGUAACACACAAAAAAAAGGUUCUUUUCGUUUCGCAAACAAAAAAGACACACAGGUGAAGCAUGUUCAUCGAGAUGCAACACUUUAUGCCACUUCAAUCCGUUCAAUGAAGCCUUUCAUCUUCCGGUCAAUCCGGUUGUGUAGGGAGUUUAUGCGAUUGCCGAAGGCAACACAUGUAGUAAUGCAUACAUGUGAUUGAUACAAUGAGAUUGCCAUAUACACGGUGUGUGAAGCCUAGCAGUGAAACGUAGCUUGCGUACUAAACAAGGGCAAACGAAGUGAAACCAAAACACAUCGCGUGGCACAACCAGAGCGUACUCAUUCUACAAGAAACCCUUCUUAAACUCAACUGUCAACAGAAGGUGUUUGAAACACCUGCGAAACAUUUUUUCUCGCCAAAUCUUUACGUUCAGUAAAGGAAAGCUAACAAUGAAAUAAAACAGCGAAGGAAACGUAACAAAAAUGAAUGAAAAUGAAAUGCAAACCAAGCGUUGGUCGAGCGCGCAAAUACAAAAUGGAGCUUGUUUGCCACACGUGAUGGUGUAUAUUUUUGUAAACUUUUUCUUUCCUAUUAAAGAACUCAAUGCAGAGAAGGAAACAAUGAAGUAAGCUCCCACUUAUACACUAUCAACGCGCGCCUUGAAAGACAAACAUAAUCAUCGAUGGUGGUAAAGCUCUGCAUAACCCACAGGCACUCUGGCGAGGUUUUUUUUAUAAAACAACAACAGAAAAUAAUUCAAUCCAUAUGUUGGAUUGAGUGGUGUUUUUGGUUGCAGUUUGGAACUUGUUUCUGUAUUUUUUACACAAACGACAACAAAAUAGGUUUCGAUGCAGGUAUGCAAACGGUGAGAAUUAGGGAUGUAAGUAACAGACGAACAUGCAAGGAGGAUGGCGAUUGUAAUAGCUGUGCUUACAUUGGAUUAAACACAAUAAAACUUUCAUCUGAGAUACUGUAAUGGAUAAUAAAGGAACUAAAAGUGUAUGUACAAAUAAA